AGAGGUCCUCGGGCGCCAUUUUUAAUACGAAAAGUUAGCCAGCUAGCAUUAGCUGUGUAUGAAGCUGAAACUUUUGAAUACCAACACCAACCCGAAUAAGGUCUUAAUCUUCUAUCAACCGAAAAUGAACGUGGUGGAUCAUGUACGGGAUAUGGCCGCGGCUGGUCUCCACUCCAAUGUACGGAUAUUGAGCAGCUUGUUGCUGACGAUGAGUAAUAACAACCCAGAGCUGUUCUCGCCAGCCCAAAAGUACCAACUUUUGGUUUACCAUGCUGAUGCCAUCUUCCACGAUAAAGAGUACCGUAAUGCUGCCUGUAAAUACAGUAUGGCACUUCAACAGAAGAAAGUGCUUAGCAAAACAUCCAAAGUUCGCACAUCUGCUGGUGGAGCUGCAGCUAACCUUCAAGCACAGAGUUUACCUUCAGAGAUCGAAGUAAAGUACAAGAUAGCUGAAUGUUAUACUAUCUUGAAACUGGACAAAGAUGCCAUUGCAGUGCUUGAUGGGAUCCCGUCCCGACAGAGGACUCCAAAGAUCAACAUGAUGUUGGCAAACCUAUACAGAAAAGCUGGCCAGGAACGCUCCGCAGUGACAAGCUACAAAGAAGUCCUCCGACAGUGCCCCCUCGCCAUGGAUGCAAUCAUUGGACUUUUGUCUCUAUCAGUCAAAGGAGCUGAAGUGGCGUCCAUGACCAUGGAUGUCAUGCAGAGUGUCCCCAACCUGGACUGGCUCUCUGUUUGGAUAAAGGCGUACGCUUUCAUACAUGCCGGUGAUAAUCAAAGGGCCAUCAACACCAUUUGUUCUCUGGAGAAGAAGUCUUUGUUGCGGGACAACGUGGACCUCCUGGUGAGUCUGGCAGAUGUCUACUUCAGGGCAGGUGACACUAAGAACGCCAUCCUGAAAUUUGAACAAGCACAGAUGCUGGACCCGUAUCUCAUUAAAGGAAUGGAUGUCUAUGGCUACCUGUUGGCCCGAGAAGGACACCUUGAAGAUGUCGAGGUGCUGGGAGGACGACUGUUCAACAUUUCGGACCAGCAUGCAGAACCUUGGGUGAUUUCAGGUUGUCACAGCUUUUACAGCAAGCGCUACUCCAGAGCGCUCUACCUUGGAGCAAAGGCUAUUCAGUUGAACAGCAACAGUGUGCAGGCCCUCCUCCUGAAGGGGGCGGCGUUGAGAAACAUGGGCCGUGUUCAGGAAGCCAUCAUCCAUUUCCGCGAGGCCAUGCGCUUGGCACCAUGCAGACUUGACUGCUAUGAAGGUCUGAUAGACUGUUACCUGGCGUCCAAUGGUGUCCGAGAGGCUAUGGGGAUGGCCAAUAACCUCUAUAAGACGUUGGGGGCCAAUGCACAGACUCUGACCAUCCUUGCCACCGUGUGCCUGGAGGACCCUGUGACCCAGGAGAAAGCUAAAACCUUACUGGACAAAGCUUUGGCUCAGAGGCCCGACUACACCAAGGCUGUGGUGAAAAAAGCCGAACUCCUCAGUCGAGAACAGAAGCACGAAGAAGGCAUCGCUCUGCUUCGGAAGGCCCUGGCCAAUCAGAGUGACUGUGUGCUGCACAGGAUGCUGGGAGACUUCCUGGUGGCCGUUAACGAUUACCAGGAGGCCAUGGAUCAGUACAGCAUUGCACUUAGUCUGGACCCCAAUGAUCAGAAGUCGCUGGAAGGCAUGCAGAAGAUGGAGAAGGAAGAGAGUCCCACGGACGCCACGGUGGAGCUGGACGGCGAUGACAUGGAGGGCAGCGGAGAAGACGGCGACCUGGAGGGCAGCGACAGCGAGGCCGCCCAGUGGGCCGACCAGGAACAGUGGUUUGGUAUGCAGUGACCCGGGUCGUCUCGGGGUGUCCCGGGUCUUCUUGGGGUGACCCGGGUCAUCUUGAGGUGACAGACUGCAAAGCUUGGUUCCUUCUUGAGUGGGUUCACCUCAGCUUAUUUCAUUUGGAAAUAGAACAUCGGUAUAAAUCUUGUUUGCCCACAAAUUAACUUUGAAGCGUUGCUGUGUGGAAGUCAAGGGAACGUUGAGCCUAUUUAUAAACAUAUUUAACACCCAUUAUACAUUCUUAAUAGUCCACAUUCUGUGUUGUCCAGCCAAUAUUCGACCGCUCUUGAUCGUGGUGUUGUCUGUAAAGCGAGUAAAUGUCACCUCGGAUUGCAUAAAUGUAAAUAUUUUUCAAAAUGUACAAUUAAAGUCAAACGUUGAUGUGUGCAAAGUCCCCACAAAGACAAGUGAAGCAUUCAUGAAACCUAAUUUUAUUUACCUGAAUCCAAAGUUCAUGUGACAAAUAGAAGCCUUCUGCUUUACAUCUGCUCCAUUUUAUGGUGCAAAAAAUGGUUUUGAAAUAGCUCAUAAAAGCAUUUCCUUAGGAAAGAUCAACUGUUGAAGCAUACCGAACACUCUAGUCGUCACAUUGUCUAUUACACAAGGCAGCAGAUUUAGCAGACAUGCACCAACACAACUACUAAGAUGUUCAGGUAAAUUGAGGCAUGGAAGCUUACUCUUGGCUCUUCAUUCAAAAAAUCAACGAGCUCGGUCUUCACUGACACGCAGACCUCGUACAGUAAGUGUGCUGGCCCAAAACAUUCAUGCACACACACAAAUCAAAGCCAACGUUUCUGCAAGAAAUUGGGAGCAGAUUUGAGCCUACAUGGUCUUUGCUGGAAAGAGAAAAAGAGAGCGGGAAUUAAACAAUUGCACUUAUCAGCUUAUCAUAACAAGUACAUUCAAAGAACUGAGACAGGAGAACAAUCGUUUCAAUUGAGUCUACCAAGAAAAACACGUCGAAAUUCUGUUCCCUCGUUUGAAAUGCAAACAAAUUGUGGUCUUGGAGAAAACACUGACCCCUAACAUUUUGGCAGAAAACUGCAAGACACCGACAGUAGAAAGGGAACUCCAUUCCCCUAACUCAAGUCAAGAAUGAGUCGCUUAUGUGAAUCAUGUAGUCUAU